UACCAUGUCUAUAAUUUCCAACAUAAGUAACACAAAAACAGAGCGGGGCAUGUACCUAACCUCUAGUGGAAAUUAGGACAUCAAAAAAGGGAAGGCAACGAACUUAUAACCUUCCACUCAAUAAGCAAAAAAAAACUUUUGUCAUAUCUUCUUCUUAUGCAAGGUAGUUGCCACCUAACUAGUUGAAAGAGUACCCCUUCGCUUCUUUCGGGAGCUGUUGAUAAGAGAAGUAGAAGGUACCUUUUCCAGUCGAUGAAGCUAAUUUGGCCCGGAAGUCAGCCACCUUUUUGGCUUCUCUAUAGGAAUGUGAGAUGCUCACUUCUGCCCCUUCCAUAGCCUUCACAUUAAGUUGUCAACAUGUGCCAAGUAAUAUGAAACGGAGAGAGUAGAAGCAUACAAAUAUGAGAAAUGUUUGCCUUUUCAUUUUUCCAGGGAGGACCUGCUUCUACAUUAAUCAAAGCUGAGCUGCCAUUCUCAACGGCUCGAAAAAGCAACUUUUCUGACAAAGAUCGUUUCUUUAAGACUGUGAUGAGUAUACUUAACCAGACAACUCAGAAGAGAUUUGAUCUCCUCAAAGAUCAACUGAUAAUAUCCGGGAUAACUAGUGCAGACACUCUAAAGGUUGUUGUUUCCUUGAUAUUUGACAAGGCUAUACAGGAACCAACAUUUUCCUCAAUGUAUGCCCAACUCUGUUCUGAUCUCAAUGAAAAGUUGCCUUCAUUUCCUUCUGAUGAACCUGGUGGAAAAGUGAUCACGUUCAAGCGCGUUCUAUUAAAUAACUGUCAGGAGGCAUUUGAAAGUGCUCACAAACUGCGGGAAGAGGCAAGGCAAAUGACAGGUCCUGAGCAGGAGUCAGAAC